UGGUUGUGAGAAGUGCCGGUGAUAAGUUGGAAGCAAGUUCUACAACUUCAGAAGCUAUAUUCAGAGGUGAUGUUUCUUGUUCUACAACUUUAGUGAAAAACAUACUUGGAGUUACAAGCUUAAUGAAAUAUCUAUCAGAUUAUGAAGAUGAUGUGGAGAACUACUUACCAGGCUUUGUUGUAGAACAAGAAACAUCACCUCUGAAUAUGGCUUCUGAAGUUGUAGAACUUGCUUUCAGCUUAUUACUGGCACUUCCCACAACCACUCAAAUAACAUGA